UCUCAUCUUCGUCUGGAUUUUUGACUUCGUUGUGGCGCUGAUUUCGAGCUAGAAGUACACUGGAGCAACGAUGGUGAAGAUUUUCAUUGGUAACCUGUCUCAGCACGCUGGGAAGGAUGAAGUAGAAGCUCUGUUUACCCAGUAUGGCACCGUGACAGAAUGUGCCAAGUACAAAAACUAUGCUUUUGUCCAUAUGGAAGACCGCAAGUCAGCCACCAAAGCCAUCCGCGAGCUUCACCUGUGUAAGCUGAAUGGCAGGUCCAUCAAUGUGGAGCCCAGCAGAGGGAAGUACCAGGGCCCUGUGAAGCUCCACGUAGCCAAUGUGGAAAGGGGCUUCGAUAAAGAGCUCCGCGAGCUGUUUGAAGAGUAUGGCACAGUCACAGAGUGUUCGAUUGUCAAGAACUUUGCCUUUGUGCACAUGCUCAAUUCAGAUGAGGCCAUGGAUGCCAUACAGGGCCUGGAUAACACAGAGUUUCAAGGAAAGCGUAUACAUGUUCAGAUAUCAAAAAGCAGAGCCAGAGGGGCACCAGAGGAGGAGAUGGAAGACUAUCCACCUCCGCCAGGAAGAGGAGGCUAUUAUCCUCCUCACUACCCAGGGGACAGGCCGGAGCCUCCCUACAGAGGCCGCAUGCAUGCUUAUCCUCCUCCGCCGCCACAAUCCACUCCUCCUCCUCCUCCCCCGAGACGGGCUCCGUACCCCGACCAUGGUUAUGGUGACGGCUAUGGGGUAGUUGAUUACUAUCAGAGAUUCAGAGCCCGUCCUAACAACACGACAGGCUACGAUGACAGGCGUUCCAGUGCCAUCCCGCCUCCUCCGCCCCCUCCAGCACUCCUUAGAGAGCGUCUUGGAAUGGGGACUCAUGAACCAUACGAGCACCGUAUGCCCCCCACCCCUCCUCCUCUGUCCUCCAUGAUGAGGGACAGAAGCCCCAUCAGACGACCACCCCCUCCACCUGCUCCAUCAGCUGGUAACGGUUACUCCUACGAGCGGUCCAGACUCUCCCCGCUGCCCAACCCUUCAAUGUAUGCAGCUCCCCGUCCCAGGGACUCCUUCUCGGAGGGAGUGCCGAUGCCGCCGCCACCACCGCCACCUCGAUAUGCAGACUUUGGCGGUGACACCGCCCCGGCCUGUGGGUGUCGCUGUGGUUGUAAUCCGGGAGGCACACGAAGAAGAAGAGGAACGGACAGACACAAAACAACCGGAAGUCGACAAGAGGAAAGCUCUCGAAAAGGGUUUGAAUUUCUUGCAGACACAGAGGCCGCCCGGCAAAAAAGAUCUUUAACAAUGGUGAAGAUUUUUGUGGGAAACCUGCCCCGAGAGGCAGACCAGGAAGAAAUCAAGGCACUCUUUACACAGUACGGCACAGUCACAGAAUGUGCCAUCAUCAAAAACUACGCCUUCGUCCACAUGGAUGACCGCAAGGCAGCCACCAAAGCCAUUAAAAAUCUGCACCUGUACAAGCUUCAUGGCACACCCAUCAACGUGGAGGCGAGCCACGGGAAGAACCAGGGCUCAGUCAAACUGCACGUAGCAAAUGUUGAAAAGGGGUCUGAUGAUGAGCUCCGUGCUCUCUUUGAGGAGUACGGCACAGUCACCGAGUGUGCUGUUGUCAAGAAUUUUGCUUUUGUACACAUGUCCAAUUCUGAUGAGGCCAUGGAUGCCAUCAAGGGACUGGACAACACUGAAUUUCAAGGCAAACGCAUCCAUGUCCAGAUUUCUAAGAGCCGUCCCAGACAUGACGAACGGGAUGACUACCCUCCUCCUCCCCCAGACAGGGGUGGUUAUUGGCCCCCUCGCUAUCCAGGAGAGAGGCAUGAGCCCCCCCCACCCAGCUACCUGCGAGGCCGCCUCAGCCAUAUACCCCCAGGUUACCCUGCCCCUCCUCUGCCACCCCCUCCCCCUAGACGAGCUGUUUAUCCCGACCGUCCCUAUGAGGGUGAGAGGGACAGAUAUGGCGUGGUAGAUUACUAUGAGAAGUACAGAGCUCGUCCGUAUGGCAUCGCCUCCUACGAGGACCAACGUGCUGGCGCCCCUCCUCCUCCCCCUCCCCCCUCAGCCGUCGUCCGAGAUCGUCUUAUGACUUCGUCGCUUGACCCGUAUGAGCGUCGACCCCUCCCACCUCCUCCGUCCUCGUACUAUGCCCGAGAUCGCAGCCCCCUCCGGAGAGCGCCUAGCACGCCUAUGCCCCCCGCCAGUAAUGGUUACUCCUACGAGCGCUCCCGACUCUCUCCCGUUUCCCGGGUCCCGGCAUAUGGAGUGCCACGUGCCAGGGACCCCUAUGCGGAUCGACUGCCUCCGCCACCGCCUGCACGCUACGCUUAUUAAGCAAGGCCCUGGCAUGUGAAGGAUCGUCGUCCGACUGCGUCGCCGCUCGCCGCCUCCUGAUGCACGUGACACUAUCCUCUUCCUGUCUGUGGCUGAGCGCGUUGCGUUCACUGCGAUGCUCGCAGGAGGACGUGAAUUGCCGACGUCCACGUCUGUUUUUGUUUUUAUUAUUUUGGGACAGUUUUUACUCGCAUUUUUCCCCCCCUGAUUGUGUUAGUUUGUUACUGUGCUGUAGUAUUUUUAAUGCUUGACGUCUGGGUUAGGCGGUUUCUUUUUUUUUUAUUUGUACUUUUAUGUUGGAAUAAUUAGUGUUCUGAUGAUGUUUGUGACCUUAGAUAGCUGAGUAAUCUCAGCAGCAGUCUCUUGGCAAUAUUUGUGACUGUAGAUUUAACUAAACUGAGUCCUGUUUGGUAUUAAAUCUAAUCUGCACGUUGGUUCCAUAAUGUUAAGCCUUUCCAUCGAAAACCAAACCUCCAUGUGGCGUUACUGUGAAAACAUUAAAUUGCUAAUACGUAGGGGGUUGCCAAAUGUAACUGUUAAUAAGGACAGUUACCGCAAAGCGCUCACAUGUACCUUUCCAUUGUCGAACUGGUUUUUAAUAAACGGACUUGUGCAGCAAUGCUGUUAACAGAUGUGCUCAAAAUCAUAGCCAGCGCUAAAGAACCUCAUCAGUGUAACCGCUUGCAUUGAUUCGAACACUCUGCUAGGAACUUUCGAAAAAUAAACAGCUCCUAUAUUUAAUCGUCCGUUUUAUUAAUGAUGAAAUCACGUAUAACAAACUUGUUAAAAACCGUCACGCUCAUUAAACAAGUAUCCCCUCUCUGGUCUGUAAUGCUACAGUCUUCAUUCCACCAGCGUACCUUGUCCCCUUCAGUCCGAACAGAAAAUUGUCCACAUUAGAGCUUAAGUGAAGAGGGCGCAACACACUCCAGCUGUACUGCACCAGGUGAGAUUUCAUAGCUGAGACUAGUUUCCCUUGAAUCUGGGGGAGUCGACAUUAAAGGCUGCAGGAGACCUUCACAGUCAACAGGUAAGGACUAAGUUACUAAAGUAGAAAGUAAAGCAGCUAAAAUGCUCACAUUAAACUUCUACAAGAACAUUACUAGUUACUUACUACAGAGGUUUGUAAUAACUUUGAUCAUUUACAGGUCCUAUGGUGUUUGCUAGUUGUAUUUUUCACUCAUUACCUGUAUACAAACCUUGUCAUUCAGCUGUUAAUCUACUGUUUAGCAGCACUGUUUGCUGGGGAAUAAUUCUAAAAUACAUUUGUAGUUGACUCUUUUUUUAGGCACGCCCAGCAAAUUGAAUACUGACUACAGUGUUCCAGUCCAGUAGGCCCUGAAGAUCGUGAUUGGCUUCAGGGAAAGCUGUUUUUGAAAUUGGAAAUUCGAGGAAGCAUUCAGUUAAAAUGGAUGAGAAUUAAGAUUUUAACUGAAUGGACUUGAAGAAAGCAUCAGUAAGUUCUACACUUGGUUUUGUAAAGACUUUUAAAAAGCCUUGAAAAACAUGAAGUUAACACAAAAAUCAUAGUAACUGACAACAGAAUUGAUGGAAGUGAGAAAUCUACAGCAUUGUAUUGCCAUUUUGUGAAUCUGAGCUGCAUGAAUAAAAUAUUUAAAAUAUGAA